UACACCAUACGGACUCGACGAAAGCUAAGGAGAGGAACAUUUUCUGAAAUAUUCCGAAAACUGUCAGCAGUUUUCCAACAUAAUUUAUUUUCAUUUGAAGUUAGUUACCUCUCUAUAGGACGUGCUCAAAAUUUUGAGUAACGUAGGUUAUCAAUUCACCAGCACAUUGAGACGAGGCGAGUUUCGUUGAACAGCAGCUAAUUUGUCAGGUGACUGUUUAACGACCUGGUACUUCAUCUGCAGCAGUCGAAAUGGACAGCCAUCUACGUGCAUCCGCAAUCGUCUUUGCCGGCAUGCUUCUUGUGUGCCACCUCGUAUCUACUGAUUGCGCAGCUGUUCACAGUCGGAGAGCAGUGGCGGAGACGAGCCCAUCUGUUAACCUGUCAUUGGUGAAGACCUGUCACAGCAGCACACCAUGUGGCUGGGCCGUCUAUGUGCCGUUCACACGCCGUGUGGAUUACUUUAUGAAGAACACAUGCGAGUGCCCACAAGGAAAAGCCUGCUUGCGGUCAGAUGAUGACCUGUCUGUCAGCGCGUACGUAUAUCGGUGCCACGAGGACACGUCACAACAUGGAGAUGUCGAUGACGAACACGCUUCCUGAAGUCUUCGCCCUCCCACCUUCCCUCUUACAGUAAAUACGGAAGGAAGAAUAUACUUCUGAGGGUGUUGUCCAGGUGAUGGAAGAUUCCCAUCGUGGUCGCCUGUUUCCGCAGAUCCAGGCAGCUCUCCUCGUAACUGCAUCGCUGCCACCAUUAGCUACGUUUUUUAGUUCUUUAGUUAUAAGACGUAUUUUCAUUUCCUUUUGCAAAAGAUUAGUAGUCGUAUGCUGUGACGGUGUCAGAACAUCUCAUUUGGGGAGACAUUACCAACUUUGACGGUUGUGAAACGUCACCUCAUACAAGAGAAAUGAUUUACUAAUUGGGUAAAAAAUAUAGUAUGUCUAUAAAAAUGUUGCAACAAUUUUUGGGUGUUUGUUUGAAUCUUUUAACUGUUGUAAAAAGAUUAAGUUUUUUAAAUAGACAAAAUUACAUAGUAUGCCAGUGGAUCAAGAGCUUGCAAAGAGUAAUUCCUAAAACUGGUUUUUCGAGUUCUAAAUGCACCGCAUUAUAUCAGAUUACAAAACGAGAAUGCUCGCCAAUGUCAUAAAUCUCUGCUUAUGGAAUGAUUUGUCUUAUAUCCUAAAUAUCAUAAACAUUCGUCCACGUCUUAAAAUGUGCAUCAAUAUUUACUACUUUACAUAUCCGGGAGGGCGUCUUGGCUGUUUGUGUCCUCAAACACGCUGCUAAACAACAUAAACCUAAAAUCAAUCAAAUAUUGGCAUUAGGACUCUAUAACUGAUUUUCCGAAAGAUAUCCUUAUUUCUAUUUCAGGUUAACUGAAAAUGAUUAUUAACAAUGAAUUCUCUAGAAGGGCAUUUGGAAACUAAUGCUGCUUCCAUACCACUGGAAUGAUUAAACAUUAGUUUUUUUGUUUGUAAUAAAAAUUAAGUUGAAAAAACUCCCAAUAAACAAUCAGAGUAUUUUAAAACAAAAGUUUCACUUAGGCCUAAAUGCGAUGCAGUACGAUGGAAAUAAUAUUUAUGUCAUUCAUGACAAUUUGUAGUUUUUAAUUACUUAAACUUAAUUACUGUUGUGUGUACAUACUAUAUUUUAUUUAAUGACGAAUAUUGCAUAGUGGACUCUCUAGAAUAAACAUUCUGAAACAGACGAUAUGCA